AUGGCGGGCCCGGCCAGCUCUUGGCUUGGGGAGGGGCGACGCGAGGCCAGGCGUGUGGAGGCUGUAGAAGUUGCUUGGGGGUACUGGGAGCUCGGGCGGCGUCCGUUGAGCUCGGCGGCAGGGGAUGCGGCGGCCGAGCUGAGGGGCGCGCGGGAGGACGUCAAGCAGCUGCUCAAGACCACUUCCUGCCAUCCCAUUCUGGUUCGAUUGGGUUGGCAUGAUGCUGGUACCUAUGACAAGAACAUUGCUGAGUGGCCCAAGUGCGGUGGAGCUAAUGGUAGCUUGAGAUUUGAAAUUGAGUUAAAGCACGGGGCUAAUGCUGGUCUUGUGAAUGCUUCUAAGCUGAUCCAACCGAUCAAGGACAAGUUUUCAGGUGUCACAUAUGCAGAUCUCUUUCAGCUUGCGAGUGCCACAGCCAUUGAGGAAGCUGGUGGCCCCAAAAUUCCCAUGAUCUAUGGAAGGAUUGACAUUACUGCCCCUGAACAAUGCCCACCAGAGGGGAGGCUUCCUGUUGAAAAUAGAUGGAUCCGGUUGAAAGAAACAGUGCUAGAGCUCCGUUUCGAGAUCUGCCAAAUAACACCAAUCAAGUUGACAAUUUCAAUGGCAAGUAGACCAGUUGCAGUCGCAACAGAGCUGAAGAACAUGGAGUUUGAAUAUCACUGCCACAUGGUCUAGCUUCCUGCUCUUUGGUAAGAUGAUGCUUGAUUCUUAUAAAAAAAUGCAGUCCACUGCUUUCUUUAUUUUGUUUCUUUUUGCCAUUGCGUUCUUCCUCUAUUGCUUUGAUAUCAUCAGCUAAACCUCGAAUCAGGUAUACAGACUUGUCAGCUUUGAUUAAAAAAGAACAAUUUAGCUAAAAGCCUGAAAUGUUCCUGUCACAUGGCUAUUUGAUGCUAAAGUCUUUUACUCAUAAGUCAAGUGAAUAUGUAGUUACAGAACAAGUAUGCUUGAGCAAUAGAAAGCAAGUUGAAUGCAGUUACUUUUGUCUUUAUUGUUGAUUAAUUUAGUCAUGAAUAAGAAUAAACAAUAGUUUGCAGCUUAUGGGAAAUUCUCACAUGACAUUUGGAACUAUAGUAUACUAUUGUUGCAGAAAACAUAUAUCAGAGCUGCAGCUUAGGAUGUAAGCCGGCAAUGUGGAAAUUGGAUAGCUUAACCACAUAUCUAUUCCUCAUGGAGAAAGCUCAAACCCUGGCAUGUCACAAGGCUCUCUUAAAAUGGUCAAUGAUCCACUGCCAGUACAAAAAGGAUCCUGUAUAACAGUAAAUGAUCUAUAAUUUUCAGAUAAAGUUUUCAAGUAUCUGACUUGGCCAAAUAUCCACAAAUGCAUUGAUGAUAACUGAAGUUUUUAUUAUUAUAAAAACAGCUGCAGUUCUAAUGGUCUUUAUUUGAUUAUUAUAAAUGAUACAACUCAUUUCAACUCCUCUUGAUUUGACUGCAGAAAGAUUUGCUGACAGACUUAAGUUUUCGUGUACCAACUUCGAAUGCUCAAUUCACUGGGGAUGGAGCAUUGUAAUUCAGCUCAGCAACGUACGGGUGCUGCCAGCUCACCACCACCCCUGCGCAUGCCCUCGCGCAGUCCUCGCCGCCGCUCCGCCACCGCCUCUUGCGGCUGCACCAGCCCUCGGUGCACGGCGCCGCACACGCCUGCUCCUCCUCCCUCGCGCCCACGGCCAGGAUGACGCUGCGCCUCCCGCGCGCCUGUGUUGGCGCCCGUCGUUGCGACAAGUGCCAAAGCUGCCGGUGCGGCGUGCUGCUCCUCGCACCACCACGCCGCACCUGCGCUCGGGUGGGUGCGCCGCCGCCUAUGCUCCCACUGCAGACGAUGAAGAAGCUGUUACUCCCACUGCAGACGAUGAAGAAGCUGUUAAAAAAUGAUGCUUUGAAAUGUUGAAUUAGGUUUAGAAAAAUAUUGAAUCGAGUUUUCCAAAAUGUUGAACUAGGUUGCAUGAAAUGUUGAACUAGGUUGCAUGAAAUGUUGAACGUGAUAUUUUUUCAAAGUGUUGACCUUUUACUAAUGUUGAAUCUACUCUUUUGA